AUGGAAUCAGAGUUCGUGGCUCUUGCUUCCGCCAGUCAAGAAGCAGAAUGGUUGAGGGACCUUCUAUUAGAAGUUCCGUUGAUAAAAGACAAUGUCUCAAAGUUGUUGGUACACUGCGAUAGCCAAGCCACUUUAGCUAGAGUAUUCAAUGAAAUGUCCAACAACAUUGUUUUCGUUCUUGUUAGUGAUCCUCCAUCUAUCAGCAUCAGUGAAAAUAGAAAUUUUCAAACCAUUAAACAUGGUUUAGAACCGCAUGAUCCGAACACAAUCACAACUCCUGAUGCGUGGAAUGGCUAUUUAUGGGGCCGAACUCUCUGCACAGGCACAGAAGGAAAUUUCACAUGUCUUACCGGCGACUGUGGUACCGCGAAUGUGUCCUGCGAUGAAAACGGAACCGUGCCGCGUGCUACCCUAGCCGAAUUUCGUUAUAGCUAUGAAGGUGGAAUUUACUUUUACAACAUUAAUGUGGUAGAAGGUUUCAACAUUCCCAUAGUAGUGACUCCUAUAAGUGAAGCCAGCCAGAAUUUGAAUUGCAUAAGUGCAGGAUGCCCUAUGAGUAUAAAUACUAUUUGCUCUAUAGAAACUUGUAAACCAAGUUCUUACUCUCCCACAUUCAAGAAAGCAUGUCCUCAGGCCUAUAAGGAUUCUUAUGACAAUGGGACAAACACAUUUAGUUGUUCAACUAAGUCUUUCAAGAUUAUCUUUUGCCCAGCUUUCAGUUUUGUUUCAUAA